AUGGCUCGUGAGCUGCUCCAUGCGUCGCUUGUCGGCUGCGUGCUCGUCCUUGUCGUCGUGUGGAGGACCUUGUCCACCUUGCGCCAGUAUUGGCGCCUGCGACAUAUCCCCGGCCCGCGCAGUGCUGGCUUUUCCAAAUGGUGGCUCAUCCGUGCCGUGGGAGGAGGCAGAACGCAUCUCGACCUGUACGAAGCAUGCCAGAAACACGGUUCGGUGGCCCGUGUGGGCCCCAACGAUCUCGUCACAAGCGACCCCGAGCUCAUGAAGCGAAUGCUGAACGUGCGAACCCCGUACAAGCGCUCCGUCUGGUACAAUGGCAUGAGACUCGAUCCGGGCAAGGACAAUGUCUUAUCGCAGCGGGACGACGAACUGCAUGGCAAGUUGCGGACGAAGAUGGCCGCCGGUUAUUCGGGCAAGGAGGUUGACAACCUCGAGGUCAAGAUCGACCAGAACGUCAUGGCCCUCAUCGAUCUUCUCGACACAAAGUAUGUGUCAGCGAAGCGGCCGUUCGACUUUGGGCGCAAGGCUCAGUACUUUACCCUCGAUGUCAUCUCGGACCUCGCGUUCGGGAAGCCGUUUGGCGAUGUUGCCACGGACUCUGAUGUACACCAGUACAUCUCAACCAUGGAGGCCAACAUGCCCAACAUCAUUCUCACCAGCUCGCUCCCGUGGCUGCUGGGGCUGCUGGGCUCGCCGCUGUUUCGGUGGAUGCUGCCCUCGGACAAGGACGUGAUCGGAGUCGGUCGCACCAUGGCGAUUGCCAAGCAGGUCGCAGCCGAGAGGUUUGGCCCCGACAGGAAGGUACAGCGAGACAUGCUGGGCUCGUUUGUGGCCCGCGGCCUCACCCAGUCCGAGGCCGAGUCCGAAAUCCUCAUGCAGAUUCUGGCCGGCUCCGACACGACGGCGACGGCGAUCCGAGCCACCAUGCUGCACAUCAUCAGCAACGUCCGCGUCGUGAACAAGCUGCGUGCCGACAUCAACGAGACCAACCCCACGAGGCCUAUUAUUACCGAUGCCGAGGCGCGAAGCAUGCCCUAUCUCCAAGCCGUCAUCAAGGAAGGCCUCCGCAUGUUCCCGCCGGUGGCCGGGCUCAUGGCCAAGGAGGUGCCUGCAGGCGGCGACAGCUACAAGGGCAUGUUCUUCCCGGAGGGCACACGCAUCGGAUACUGUGCGUGGGGCGUUGCUCGCUGGCCCGACAUCUGGGGCGACGAUGCGCACGAGUUUCGUCCAGAGCGGUGGAUUGAGGCGUCGGCCGACAAGCUCCGGGAGAUGGACGGCACCGUCGAGCUGGUGUUUGGGUAUGGGAGGUGGCAGUGUCUAGGCCGCAGCGUGGCGCUGAUGGAGCUGAACAAGGUGAUUGUCGAGCUCGUGAAGCGGUUCGACCUCUGUCUCGUGGAUCCCACCAGGCCGUGGCAGUCGAGCAAUUAUGGCAUUUUCCUGCAGUCGGAAUACUGGAUCAAGGCGUAUCGACGGGACGAGGGGGCUGCGUGA